AUUGCCGUGUUUGGAAAUCAUAAGCAAGCGAUUAGUGAUUUGUAUUGAAUCGUAAACGAAAAACAAAAUGUUUCUGGAAGUUUUUUCGACGUGAGAGGCUUCGACUGGCUUCACCAUGGCUCGUAGAGGCGAAUUAGGCUGAGCAGAAAGCGCCUAAAAGUCCCGAGCGAGCGAAUUCCAGAAUGAAGGUAUCUGUGGCGUGCGCUUGAUGGCGAGUGUUGCUAGGUACACAUUUGUGCCAUCUAUGAUCCACGAUCAGGACGAUGUGUUUUUACAAGUUUUGGACGAGGAUUCCGUUCUCACUGGGCUCCAAAAUGAGACGAGUCCGACAAAAAGAACUUCAAUUUUAGAGAGUCUGCGUAUGUCCGUACGGCGUAGCGGCGGGCAACUUCACAUUCAAGAAAGGUUUAGUUUGUUCAACGCUAUUCAUAACGUUUUACUAGACAACGACGUUAACACACGUUUAGCGUGUUUAAAUCUUGUCUGCGAGGUCAUACCGGACUUCGGGAGUACUUUAGACGAGUGUAUGGCAUUAAUUUUGCCCCAGCUGGUAGUUUUUAUUGGCCAUAAUCAAGUCUCUUUGAAGAAACUAGCCGUACAGACAUUGCAUGUCUACAUGAAGCAUUCAGAGCAUUUGGAGAACGUUCUUAAUGCUAUAAUCCAACUUGGACUCGAGAGCGAGAAUAUGGACACUCAAAUGGAGAGCCUGAUUGCUUUACCAAUACUAAUCACACCGAAUUUUGCUGACGAAGACCUAUUUUCAUUGACCGAGGCAUUGGUUAGACGGAUUGCGGGCAAUUCUGUAACCCAUGCCAGUUCUGGCGCAGACACCACGUCCUUGGCAAUGAUUUCAUUGGAGCGUAUACAAAAGGUUGUCGGCAAGAGAAAUUUUGAGAAGUAUGUCCAAAAACUUCAACCGCGGUUACAGACGGUUUUAAAUAAAGCUAUGAAAGCGGUUGGGAACGAUGGAGACAAGAGUAAGUCUAGAAAGAGUAAGAGUGCUGGGGUCCCAACCGAAGAUGGCACUGCCGACCUUAAGAUGGACCAAGCCAAACUAGACAGGGGUCUUACUAUCGCAGACAUAAGCAGUGAACAUAUUAGAAGUUACAAUUCGGAAACACAGUAUAUACCAGCUGCGAUUAUGGCAAAACUAAAAGACGCAGAUUGGCGGCUUAAAGAAAUAGGAAUUGACGAGUUGCGGGCUUGGCUUGGUAACGAUAAGAAUUUGAUGCGGAUGUUGCCUCGUUUAGAACAUUUUCUCGGCGUUUUGAAGGAGUUGUUGAACGACUCUAAUUUCAAAGUAAAUCUGAGUUGUCUUCAGUUAUUCGGGGCAAUUAUAGACAAGCUAGGGACGGAAAUUGAACCUGUUCUUGAGCUGUUGGUUAACGUCCUAGGCAGUAAACUUGGCGAUAAUAAGAACGUUAUGAAACAGACAAAUAUGCAAGUUUUUAAGAAACUAAUGCAGAACAUAUCGCCGAAAAAAGUUCUCGGUAUCCUAAAAGUUAACAUUAAACAUAGAAACUCAAGAGUACGAGAGGAAACACUAAAUGUGAUAAUUGCGUCGCUCUUGACGUUUCCAAGCAACAAGUUUGACCUUCCUCAGCUAACGAGCGAUGUUGCACCUGCAUUGAUCGACCCAAAGAGUCGUGUCAGGCAUGCAGCGUUAGAAGCGUUCGCAGUCAUAUCUCAAGUAAUGGGUCCGAGUAAUCUGCAACCGUUGGUUUCAACUGUGGACAAUAUUGAACUACACAUGGGAGGCGACGGCGUAAUGGCCGCAGUCCAGGCAAGAUUUGCUCGCCGACAACUGCCAAAGCUCAACUCGGAUGGACUGGUUGAGUAUGCGGUGCCUUUGUUUUCGUCAGGGUCUGCGAAAGUGAAUGCAAAUCUAUCUCCUCGCGGAGCAGAUGUCGAGUGGAUCUUGGCAGGUGGAGUUUCGUCAGAUUGUCCGUCGUCCGCAAGGUCUACGCCAGGUGUAAACGACUCUGCUUUGUCAAGCCCACGUCGACACUUGAGCGCGGGGAAGAACAGACUACCUUGGGAAAAUGGCAAGUCAACAAUGGACACAAAUGAGGUAUGUACAUUUGGGAUUUAUUCAUUAAUUCAUUAAACUUCAGCAUUUCUAGUUGGGAACUUAGUAGCAUGGAUAACUUUCUGAUGAAGGGCUUUUGCUGAAAAUGUUGAAGUUUUUAUUACUUGUAUAUUUCACAUAUUUGAAUCCCUCUUAACCCAUUGAGUGGCAGCACUCUCCCCCUGAUGAGUAAAAUCUUCUGGCGUUAGACAGAGUAAAAUAAUAAAGUAGGGUGCAUCGGGGCGCAUUGCUACUUAAUGGGUUAACUGGCCUAUCUGCUCAUGCGUCUAGUUAACCCAUUAAGUCGCGUUGCUAUCUGAUGUGCCCCACUUUAUUAUUUUAUUCUGUCUAUCACCAGAUUAUUUUAGUUUUUUACUCUGUCUAAUGCCAGAUGAUUUUACUCAUCAAGGGGAGAGUGCUGUUAAUGGGUUAACUGACCUAUCUGCUCAUGUGUUUAGUUAACACAUUGAGUUGCAUUGCACCUAGAUGCACCCCACUUUAUUAUUUUACUCUGUCUAACACCAGAUUAUUUUACUCUGUCUAAUGUCAGAUAGCAUGAUGCGGUUUCUACAAAAAAACAAAAACCUACCUGAAAAAACCGAGUGAACCGGGUUUUUUAAAAAUACGUUCGAAAAUCGAAACUAUGGUAAAAAAGACACAACAGUAGCGACCGGUACUCAGUACUCACACAAGAUAAACGUAAGGUAUUUUGAAGACAUUAUAAAAAAUUUUUCAAACAAAAUUUCUUUAGUUUUUCAUGUGUAAAUGCCAAAACUUGAUUAAUUUGGAACAAACUCGUAUAAGCAUAAGUAACAUCUAGUAUUUCGGUUUUCAAAAAACAUCUGGGUUUUUUUCGAUUUACCGAAAAACCGCCUCACCCUAAUGUCAGAUUAUUUUACUUUGUCUAAUGCCAGAUGAUUUCACUCUUCAAAGGGGAGAGCGCUGGCGCUUAAUGGGUUAAUUAAAAAAGCUUUAGAAGGCUUAAGCAUUUGAUGUUUUUUGUCAACAUUGACAUAAUGUUCAGCUUGAUUUUGAAUAUGUGAUAUCUGUGAACUUGACAAAAAAAUUGUGCACUUAAGUUCUUAAGUAUUAAGCCCUGAUGCACCCUACUUUAUUAUUUUACUUUAUCUAACUCCGGAUGAUUUUAGGACUAUUCCUUGUUUGAUAACAUGUUUUGUGUGUUCAUAAUGAGUCAAACUUGUGUAUAUUUUUGAAUUUAUUUUCAAGCCAUAAUAAAGUAUUUGAAUAAUGACAUUCAUCCCACCUGCUGAGUUUGGAUUGCUCAUAAAAUUUAAUGACUGGCUGUCUGAAAUUCAAGCUAUUGUUUUAUUUGUUCGGCUCAAAAUUUAAGAAACUUAAUGGGAUUAUUGUGUUUCCUAGCUUGUACAAAUUUAAUAAGUUUAUGUACUUUCAUAUUUUUACUUUCAUCUUCUUGGAUGAGUAAAAUUGUCUGGCAUUAGGCAGAGUAAAUAAUAAUUUUAAAAGUAGGGUGGUAGGGUUGAACAAUAUUUUAAGAAUUUGCUGAAUUGAUAUUGUGAUUAUCGUCUAGGAUAUUAUCAUGAUAUUUGUUAAUCUUGCGAUGACAAUCCGAAAAUUUGUCAACAUGUAAAUUUUGCAGCUUUGCCACUAUUGCAUUCACAGCUAAAAUUUAUACAAUGAUGAAAAACAAGGUUUAUCAUUUGCUUGUUUUAGUUAGAUAUUUACUUCAAUUUGUUUGUUAUAAUUUAAGAUAUAAACUGAUAUAUCUUGUUAGUUACUAUUAUUUUUUUACUGUAUAGUAUCUAGAAUUGAAAAUUGGUCAUUUUUUCAUUACAUUUAUUGCAAUAUUAUUGAAUUAUUGUGAUAAUUCUGUGGACAAUAAUCAUGAUAUGAUUUUUUUAAAUAUUGCCUAAACCUAACUGCAAAUUUGGAUAGUCACAACAGCCUGAAUUUGUAGAAUACUGGCAAUGUUGGACAACAUUUUUAGUGAUGUUUGUGAUAUCAUGUUACUCUGAGUGUGUAUCCACACCGGACUGGUUGAAAAGUUUGCCUAACUACGGUAGGAAUCAAACCCACAACUUUUGGGAUACUUGUCCAAUCGGUUUGAGUGUGUAGUAUUUUGGAACUAACGCCUGUAUUCUAAAAGCUCACUCACACUCAAUGAGUGAAGGUUCAAUCUGAGCUUCUCUUCAGUGUCAAUGCUGUUUUUGAAUAGCUGGACGGUUAGUAGUCAUAUACAAAGGUACGAUACCAACUCUUCAGCUAUUCAAAAACAGCAAUGACACUCGAGAGAAUUAAGCUCAGAUUGAACUUCCACUCAUUGAGUGUGAGUGAGCUUUUAGAAUACAGGCGUAAGUCUAGUACCUUCGAUAGCAAUGCGUUCAAAUGAUCAUGAUAUUUUUUGUGUGUGUUUUGAUGUGUGAGUUCGAUUCCCACCGUGAUCAGGCAAACUUUUCAGCUUGCCCGGUGUGGAUAUACACUCAGAGUAUGUCAGAAACGUUAUAUUCACCUGAUUACAUAACACCAAAACACACACAAAAAUAUCAUAUCAUAAGAACACAUUGGUGUCGAAGGUACUAGACUUAGUUCCAAAAUACCACACACUCGAACAGACUUGGCCUCGUAACUCAGUUGGCAGAGCAUUGGACUAGUAUCCCAAAAGUUGUGGGUUCGAUUCCCACCAUGGUCAGGCUAACGUUUCAGCUUGCCUGGUGUGGAUGCACACUAAGAGUAACACCAGAAACAUUAUAUUCACCUGAGUACGUAACAUCAAAACACUCACAAAAAAAUACCACAUUCAAGAUUUACAAUUUUUUGUCUUUUUCACAGCACCAUUCUCAGAAAAUGAAAAACUCCUGGGCUUUUGAGGACCACCCACCUACUAAAAAAGACCCACCUUCCCAUUCAUCCUACGCAGUAAAAUACAACGCCAGGAAAGCCUCAACAAACGGCAACACGUCAGAGUCGUCCAAUCCUGUCACAUCCUACGCCCAGCUUCAUAAAAGCAAGUCGGCCAAAAGCCAGUCCCACUCAACGAAACCUGUGAAAGGUGGUGGUCUUGGCCCUAUUGUCAAUGGAGCGAAUGGCUAUUCCUUGAUAUACAAGAAAGGGAGUAUUAGCAAUCGAGCUACCCAAGGCAUCGAUUCUAAUAAUAAUCUCAAAACGCCUCUCGUGCGGAAUAAUUCUGUCGGAGCUAAGUCACUCAGUCCGUUUGAUUCCCAUAUGCCAAAGUCACCAGUGGCAAGGCGGAAGGCAAACAAUAUGGUUGGUUUGAAGAACAAUGCUAGCCUGUCAGCGUCGCUUCCUGAUUGGUCGGAAUUAUCCAAUAGACAGAGGAAACUCUUGUCUCCUGUUUCAUCAGGUAUGUAAUGUUGAAAUUGGUAGAAAGGAUUUUGGAAAUAUUGGAAAACAGCUGCAGAAUUAGUGCUGUAGGUAAAACCUGGUUUUCAUAGGGUUGUAAAGAUUGAGUCACGAUCUUUCUCAUCAGCCGAAAUACAACAUUUUAGAACUGAAAAUAUGCAGAGUGAUUAUAACUAGAGAAUAUUUAUGAUUUAUACGUGGUUUACAGGUAUAAACUAUUAUAAACUGGCCGUUGAGAAAGAUUGUGACUCUAUUUUUACAACCAGAUGAAAACCAGGUUUUAAAAUGUUUAACAUCGCUCGUGGCAUGCUUCAUAAUUCAUUAAGAGGCACGUUUUUUUCAAUGUCGUGUAUUUGUGACGAAAAGUGUUCAAAACCUAAAAUGUUUUUGGCGUUCCUCUCAAAAUUACUUUGUUUUAGAUUUAUUUUGUAGUUUACACAGUUAGCAAUAUAUUUAUACAUAUAUUUAUACAGCAAUAUGAACAAAAGUUAUUGAACUUCAGACCUCGUUUUCUCUUUGGUGUAUCAUCUAAAAUCUCUUCAUUUUAGCAUUAUUUUACAGAUAAAGCACUAAACAUACUUUUUAAGUUUGUUUGCCGCUUGAGAAACGUAUAAAAAAUUUUAAAAUUGAAUAUAGUCAUAAACAUGUGGGAAAGUAUAUUCAUCAGUUCCCAGCUCGUGUUACGUGACAUACAAAAGAUUCUCCUCUUAAAAUGUGAGACCGACCUUUUUAAUUUUUGCAGGCCUAUUUUAAAAUGUUGACCUUUUAACACCAUUUAACAUAUAAGAUACAUUUUGCAUGCACAUUUUGAAAUUUGCUUUGCUCUUUAUGAGCUCUGGCGCUAAGGCUUGCCUUCCUUUCAAAAGGAGUUAAAAUUAAAAUAGACUUUGCUCUUCAGAGUCCAAGCCGUUUUAUCUUAGUUUAUGUUUUGCGCUCUUUAAUAGUAUUAAAAAAAGAUUGUUGGCUUUAUUUUUAGGUUUGAAUCGCGACGAGGAUCACUCCAAUUUGUCAAAUG